AUGAAGAAUGAUUUUGAGACCGAGUCAGCAUCAUCUAAUUUUGCUCUUCAAAGUUCUUCGGAGACAUUGUUUUCUAUUCAGCUGUUAGAUUUCAAAACAAGUUUACUGGAAGCAUUAGAAGAAUUACGUAUGAGGAGGGAAGCAGAAACUCGAUAUGAAGAGCAAAUUGGUAAAAUUAUUGUGGAGACACAAGAACUCAAAUGGCAAAAUGAAACUCUUCAGAAUCAAAAGGAAACCUUAUCAAAGCAACACAAAGAAGCAAUGGCAGCUUUUAAAAAGCAGUUGCAAAUGAAGAUAUGUGCCUUGGAAGAAGAAAAGGGAAAAUAUCAACUUGCUACAGAAAUAAAAGAAAAAGAAAUAGAAGGAUUGAAGGAAACAUUAAAGGGAUUACAGGUUUCUGAAUAUUCUUUACAGAAGAAAGUGAGUGAAAUGGAACAAAAAGUCCAGUUACAUCUUCUGGCUAAAGAAGAUCAUCAGAAGCAACUGAAUGAAAUUGAGAAAUACUAUGCCACAAUAACAGGUCAAUUUGGAUUGGUAAAAGAGAGUCAUGAAAAGUUAGAACAAAGUGUACAGGAAGCAAUACAGUUAAACAAAAGACUUUCAGCUUUAAAUAAAAAGCAAGACUCUGAAAUAUGCACCUUAAAGAAGGAACUAAAAAAAGUAACCUCAGACUUGAUAAAGACCAAGGUCACAUGUCAAUAUAAGACAGGAGAAGAAAACAUCAAUUUAACAAUUAAAGAACAGAAAUUUCAAGAACUUCAAGAAAGACUCAAAAUGGAAAUGGAAUUAAAUAAGAAGAUUAAUGAAGAGAUUACCUGUAUUCAAGAAGAAAAACAAGGUAUCAUCACUUCUUUCCAACAAUUGCAGCAGUUACUUCAGCAACAGACUCAAAUUAAUACUGAAAUGGAAGCAGAAUUAAAGGUACUUAAAUAAAAUAAUCAGACUACCCUUGAAAGAGAUAAUGAGCUGCAAAGGGAGAAGGUAAAAGAAAAUGAAGAAAAGUUCCUUAAUCUUCAAAAUGAGCAUGAGAAAGCACUAGGAACUUGGAAAAAGCAUGUUGAAGAACUUAAUGGAGAAGUUAAUGAGAUUAGAAAUGAGUUAUCAUCACUUAAAGAAACUCAUACUAAGUUACAAGAACAUUACAACAAAUUACGCGAUCAGAAAAAGUUUGAGGAAGACAAGAAGUUUCAGAAUCUUCCAGAAGUGAGUACUGAAAUGUCAAUGGAAAAACAAGAAGACACCAUCGUACAGAAAUAUAAUUCCAGGCAAGAAAUAAGGGAAGAAAAUACUGUGAAUUAUUGUUUAGACAGUGAAUACAGAGAAAAGGAGGAAAAGAGAGAAGGCCCAUUUAUAGAAGAAAUCAAUAUAAAUGAAGACUUACAGCUUUUUGAAAAAAGCUCCAAGAAUGAAAUUGAUACUAUUGUACUUCAGGAUAAAAAUCAAAGUGAAAUCUCCCUAAACAAAACCUUUUGCAAUGAAGAAGAAGGACAAACCUUGAAUGUUACUGACAUUAGAAACGUGGUUACUACAGAAAUAAAAGACAAGGUGGACUUGGAAAAAGAUAAUGGAUAUGCAGAAUUUAAAUCACCAAAUAUUUCUUUUUUAGUGGCAGGUAUGUCAAUAGAAACAGAAAAGCUACCUCUAGAAAGAACCGAAGGAUUAGAUCUUCACCAUACAGAAGUGUAUCUGGUUGAAAACAGCAGAACAUCAUUUAACAAUAUUUUACAUGAGACGGCUUGCAAGACAAAUCAUAAAAAAGAUGUUUCUGAAGAUGAACCACUCAAACAACAAUUGAGAUGGCUUCCAGGGACUCAAGCAAAUGCCACAGAAAAGGAAAUUACAAAGAGUCACCAAACUAAGGUAGAUUUGGAUUCAUCUCUAUAUGUAAAAAAGAAUCUCAUUCAUUGUCAGAAAUACAGUUUACAGGAUUCAAGCAACAUUUUGUUAGAUGACAAACAAUGUAAAUUAAGACGAAUAGAACUGUUAAAUAAAAAAAGUGAAUGCAGCACACUGCCAUUUAAAGAAACUUCAAAUUUUCAGCAAGUUGGUGAGGAUACCUCAGAGAAACGUGAACUGACUAUUCCCUGUAAGACAGCAGUCAACCACCUCAUUUCUUCUGAUGUUUUCAGUAACAAUUUGAACAUACUUUUAAAGAAUGCAGAUAAAAAUAUUAAUAUUAUGCCUAUGUUGGUGAAACCCAACUCAAGCCCUGGGAAGAGAACUAUAUGGAAAAAUCUGAAUGAUAUGCAAAGCAGUGAAGUUAAGAACUGUUUGGGAUCUAUAGAAAACUAUGCGACUGUUUCCUAUCUUCAGGAUAUUGGUGAGACUAUACCUGCUUCACAAGCCAAAGAUAUGAAAACUGCUGUUCACGUGAAAACGUCCACAGAAAUACAGUUUUCCAAUAAAGAGAGUCAGAUUGAUGAAAAUCAGAUUCCUGAAGCUACAAAAAAUGACUUCUCCCUUAAUGAAAGACAGCAUACAUUGUUAAAUAAUACAGAGAAAAUGGAGUCAUUAAAUGACAUUAUUUUGGAAAAAAAUUACAGUGAAGGACAGCUGGAAGAAUCUUGUUCAUUUCACAUAAAGCCAUCUGGAGAUUUAGUAAACAGAGGUGGAAGGUCAGCCUUUGAUCUCUUAACUGUAGAUAAAAAAACUGAGAAAACUCCAGUAAACGUGAAUUUUUUAGACCCUACUCCUUGGUCAAAAGUAAAUCAAGUUGAAAGUCAAACAGUGGGCACUUUAACAUCUAGCAUUCCUCUGUUGCUGAAGGAGAGACCAAUAGGUCCAUCAGAAAACAAAAAGAGUGUUUCGAUGACACUUUGUAAAAACGUUGGUGUGGAUGAUGGCAGGAAGGAUAUUGAACCAGAUACUACCAGCAUUAACAGAGUUGCUGACACUUUGAAUAACUCGAGUAUCCAUCCAGAUCCCAAGGGAGAGCCCAGUGAAGAGAGGAAUGCAAUUGCAAAGACUUUUUAUGAUUCUUCUUUUCCCACAGAACAUGUGAAACCAAAGCCUCUGAAAUCAACUCUAAUACAAAGCCAUUUUCAAGCAAUCAAGACUAAAGAUAUUACUGAUUUGGCUGCAUCUUCCCCUGGUGAAGAUAAUUGGCAGAGCCAGGUAACAAAUCAAAUAAAUGAAAUUGAAAAGUUUCUAAGCUUAGAAAAUGACAACCAACCUAAAAAAAGAAAAGCAGAAGAGAUGGUAGAAAAAAACAACAGAUGAAAAUAAUGUUGGUAAAUGAUUUCGGUGGUGAAAUAAUUUAAUUAAAAUUAUGCGGUUUAGACAGAACACAAUGUUUGUUACAUCUAAGGCUUUACACUUGUACUCACUUUUCCAACGUGAUGAAAUCUUAUGUUUUUGCUCAGCAAAUGCUUCAUAUGUGAUAGCUAAGACUGCAAGUUUUGAUGUUAGCAUCCCAUUUGCCUGAAGUCUUUCCUCAAAGCUCUUGCACCUCAAAACCCCUCCUGAUAGAACACAACUUACGUUAUCAUACAAGAUAGACAUGGUGACCCUUUGUA